AUGUGCGGCCUCACGGAGGAGCGGACCGGCGUGGCCGUGCGGCGGAGUGAAGGAGAGGAGCGGGGACUUGGCGAACGGCCCAUGCGGCGGGCAACUACGGCCGCGCGGAGGAGUAGGGGCGGCGCCGCCGUCCCGGUCCGUGGCGGCGUCCCGGAGGAGCAGCCGAGGAGGCGCGGCGCGCCAGGCCAGUUCUUGGCGGCGGCUGCAUCCCGCUCGCCAUUACGGACGCAAGCGCGGCUGCCCGCCCCGCGUCCGCAUCAGCCGCAACAGAUUAUGCGGGUGGCCUUCGCGGCAGCCCGCGCGGUGACCGCGUGCCCGCUGCGCGAGCAACUUGCUAGUCGCCUGCCGCAGUUGUCAGCACGUAUAUGCUUCCUGGCUGUUGAUUGUCACAAACCAAAAAAAAAAACAAAACAAAAAAGCAUAUGUCGCCCUCCCCGGCCCACGGCGACGGGCGUGCCGGCCCCUGCAUAUGGCCGCGCGCGGCAGUGGCGGCUUGCUGGGCCGCACCCGCGCCCCGUCCCCGUCAACGUCGCUGCCGCUCCUGGCCGCGCGCGACGGCGGCUGGCCGGCUCGCCGGCCCGCACCCGGGCGUGCCCGCCCCUGCCGGCGCCUGGCCGCGGCUUGCCGGCCCGCAACCGCGCGCGCUUCCCGCGGCUCGCCGGCCCGCAGCAGCGCCCGCCCCCACCAGCGUGGCCGCGCCUCCUGGCCGCGCGCAGAGGCGGCGGCGGCUGGCUAGCUCGCCGGCCCGCGCCCGCCCCCACCGGCGCCUGGGCGCGGCUCGCCGCCCCCGCUUGCGCCUGA